AUGUAUUUUCUAUUUAAAUCAGAAGCAAAAAAAUUAAUUUCAAUCAUUUCACUUAAUCGAUUUAAUUCAAUUAAAAGAAUAUUUUCACGUCUGGGAAUGGAUAACAAUAAAAAUGAUAAUAUUAAAAACAAUUCUACUACUCCUCCAAAAUUCACUGUUGGAUAUUUAUUUGCUAAUCCAGACACUGCUAUUGCUUCUAUUAAAGUAGGGAAAAAUAAAAAAAUUUUUUAA